CAGUAAAGUGAGGGAUACUGUCGAAAGAUCCAAAAGAUCCUAAAUAGCCAACGGUUAGCUCAGACUGCGGGUUAAUUUGUAAUCCAAGGCGAUUGGCACCAACGAUGGACACUCGCUCUUCGAUCCCAUGCCGAAUUCCGAGAGCUGCACAGCAACGGCAUCGAGGGCAAGUCUUUGUUGAAAGAGCAGACCAAACGGUGAAUAUUUUUAUCAUAAAGAGAGAAAGUUGGACAGAUCAUCAUUAACAAACAAAAACCAUGAAGUCGCCCACUACAGCAUUUGCCACCACCUCUGUUCCUGCAAGUCCUGCGAGUGCCAAUUCGAAACUCCACGAAUUCACACACUAUCAUGGAAUGCUCUGCAGUCCCACCACGGCAUCUCGAUGCUGCGAUGCCUUUCAAGGCGGAACCAUCUUGUUCAUGCCCUCCUCUUAUACACGAGAUACCUUUCAGAACUAUGAAUAUUCCGGCAAGGGAGUCCUGACACCAUUAUCCUAUUACCUCUUGGUGCUGCUGUCGCUCACUGGAUUGAGUACCCUGCUGAAACAAACGGUAUUUCGCAUGGCGACCGAAAUCCCACAGGAUCAGCAAGAAGAAGCCAACGCUGCAUCACUCACAUCGCAGUACAAUGAACACCUCCAAGUGGACGACUACAUUCUAGAACAUUGCAAACAACACACCAAUGCGACAUCGCUCCAAUUGAAACGACGCUUUGAAUAUCAAUUUCGAUUGGUGGGGUUGGAUGUGGUCAUGCUUCAUUUUCAAUGCGAUCAAAACAAACUCCAUUUGGUAGAAGUCUUUCACUUGAACAAUCCGUUCUGGAAGACCUGUCUGAUGCCAGUCAUGGAUCUGGCCAUCUGGAUUCGAAGGAAUGUGCUCAUGCGAGGAACCAAGAAAGCCAAGAAAACAGCUUAGAUAGAUACUAGCUAGUAGAUACAUAACAACGCUUGCUACCAACCGUGCACCUAGAAAUGUAUCUGUUUCUUC